UCGGCUCAGCAUUGGUUUGGAUUAGGGCACUCUGACUGAGCCUGACUGAGCCAUGGGCUCCAUGGGCUCUUGUCUCUGCCAACCUGUGGAGGAGGAUCACGUUUGCUUUGAUGCUCUCGAGGAGGACCGACCUGAAGAGAGCGUGAAGGUUGAGGAUGCACUCCGAUUUUUAAAACUCUUUGAUCCGCAGAAGACAGGCUUUCUCCCACGGCAGACCAUUGCCACGAUCGUGCAGCUUUGCAGCAGGCUCUCAGAAGAGAAGUUGGAGGAGAUACUGAAAGGUGCACCCUCCAAUAGCCGAGGAUUCGAGUACAGCUACAUCGUUCCCUUCAUUUUGUGGCCCGAGGUCCCCAUCUAUGACUUGGAAGAUCCAAAGUCUUUGGCAAAAUACCUGCUCGAUGCAGACGUUCGUCUGGUGAGGGCUCCGUACUUCUACAAGUUGCUCCAGUCAAAUAGAUGCAUGCCGCGGCGCCAAGAGGCGGAGCACGACAGCUGCGAGGUGAACGGCGAGAAGGUCUCGGCAUUGGUCUCGCACGAGGAAGUGGCCGAAUGGGCUUUGGGUCGACGUGAUGCGUUAGUGUGCUCAGUGUCUCACGCAUGGGAAUCAAGGGAGCACCCGGAUCCCUGCAACUUUCAAUUGCAGAAUCUUGUGGACAGUGUAGCGUUGUGGGAUGCUGCGUUUGUCGACGACGUUUGGUUGUUUUACGAUUAUGUGUCUUUGUAUCAAUUCCAACGCGACACAGCUGAGCAAGAGGCGAGUUUCCGGCGAGCGAUGUCCAAUAUGCACAUGAUGUACGCUCAUCAGAGCACUCUGACAUUCCGCCUGGAAUGUCUCACACCUGCUGAUACCUGGACUGCUAGGAAAGAGGAUUCAACGUACAAGGUGCCGAUUUACCAUUUGCCGAGCAAUUCGAUUGCAUGGGUUCCACUCAGUGAGCUGAUGGAAAAUUUUGCUUUUUACCUGGAUCGCGGCUGGUGCCGCGCCGAGAUCGAAUGGUCUGCAGCACGGGGCAUUCCAGCCCAGAAUAUUGCGAUCGAUGGUGAGCCCGGCAAAGAGGUCACUGUAAAGAUGGUGCCCACAGCGCCCGAAGUGUUUGGAAAGCGCAUGACCACAUCGGCCUUUACGCAUCGCAACGAUGCGUCAACCGUUGUUGAUCUUCAAAGGAAGAUCUUUCACCAAAAAGUCACCGUGAGAAAGCAUUUGAAGCUGGAGCACUUGACCCAAGCCGACAUGGUUGAGCUGGCCGCUUCACUGCCUUACUUCCCGCAGCUCAAAGUGUUGGACAUCUACAUCUUCCAAGCCGGUGAAGCGGAGGCCAAGGCCUUUUUCGAGGUGCUUAGCUCCAUGAAGCUGGAGAAGCUGAGUCUGACCUAUGCGAGGAUGGCACUCGAUGUCGGCUCACUCGAUGUCGCCACCUUCGCCUCGAUGAUCGAGCUCAGCUUCGAGUCCUGUCACAUGGGCAAUCGGCUCGCUGAGGUCAUCGCAGAAGUCUUGAAGACUAACAGGACGCUCACCAGGAUCAACCUGAAGGGUAAUCAGAUCACAGACGAGGGCGUGAAGGCAGUCGCUGAUGCCAUGGCCUACAACACCACAGUGACCGACCUCGACCUUAGGUACAAUCAGGGUAUUGAUUCUGAUGUGGGGAAGCAGGCAAUACGGUUACUUGAAGAACGCCUUGAGGGAAACAGAGCAGCUGCAGAGGCUGCUGAGGCCAAGAGGAGCAGAAUCAGGGGAGAUCACCGUGCAGAUGGCCGUGCAGACAAAUUUCCUGGACGCCUGCGCAUCCAGGCUUUGGCCGACAAAUUGACGCAUGGUGGCACCCUGAGCAAGCUCAGUGUCUUUAACGCAAACCUUGGGGACGCCGUCAUCCAGGUGUUGAUUGAAGCCCUGCAACACAACCGCAGCGUCACCGACGUCAACCUUACCAAGAACAACAUCACCUACAUCGGUGCAAAGGCGUUGGCUCAGAUGCUGACAGUGAACCUUAACAUUACGCACGUUUACCUUGGGGGAAAUCAAAUUGGCGAUGCCGGCACGGAGGCCCUGGCACAGAUGCUGAAACAGAACCGCAGCAUCACCAACAUCAACCUGCAUGCCAAUCAAAUCGGCUCUGACGGUAUCCAGGUGCUGGCUGAGGCACUGCAGGAGAACGACGCCAUCCUUGAGAUUUCUCUUCGCGAAAUUGAAUAUCACCCUCGGCGACUCCUUCCCCCCAAUCCCUUCGAGGAAACGGACGAAGGGCGCCAGGCAUUGGACCGAAUCAAAAAGCGUUGCGAGGCCAAUCGAGAGGCAAGGGCAACUGCUGACAUUAAGAAACUUGUGGAAGAGCUGAAAACCGGGGCCAAGACGGAGAUCAAUCUUCGGAACCACUUCAUCGGGGAUGCCCACGUCCAGGCGCUCUCAAAAGCGCUGAAGAUCAACAAGAGUGUCACCCGCAUCAACCUGGAACAAAAUCUAAUCCAAGAUGCUGGGGCACAGGCUUUGUCUGAGGUGCUGAGGCACAACCGCUGCAUUACCCACAUCAACCUUUCAUGCAAUGAAAUCGGCCUGGUCGGUGCCAAGGCCCUGGCCAACACCAUGCAGAAGAACAAGACCAUCCUUAACAUCAACCUUAGUGCGAAUCCUUGGACACGAAUGGACGGAGCACAGGAGGUGUGGUAUCGAAUUGAGAAGUGGAGCAGGGCAAACCAAGAGGUACAGGCAGCUGCUGCUUUUAAGAAACUUGUGGAAGAGCUGAAAACCGGGGCCAAGACGGAGAUCAAUCUUCGGAACCACUUCAUCCGGGAUGCCCAAGUCCAGGCGCUCUCAAAAGCGCUGAAGAUCAACAAGAGUGUCACCCGCAUCAACCUGGAACAAAAUCUAAUCCAAGAUGCUGGGGCACAGGCUUUGUCUGAGGUGCUGAGGCACAACCGCUGCAUUACCCACAUCAACCUUUCAUGCAAUGAAAUCGGCCUGGUCGGUGCCAAGGCGCUGGCUGAUUCAGUGCAGCAGAACGACGCCAUCCUUGACAUCAACCUUGAAGUUAAUCCCUGGAGGCACCAUGAUGUAAAGGGCCAGGUGCUGGAGGGAAUCAAGGAGCAAUGCAAGGCAAAUCGAGCUGCUGCAGAGGCCAGAGCAAAAGUGCCGGAUGAGUCUGCCACAGAACAUGUCAGCCCUUGAAAAGCUCGGCAGUUUCAUUUGGUCUCACCAGGCUUCCAGGGUGCACAGGCCAAAAAGAGAGGGCUGCCGCUUCCCAUGCUGCAAAGAAACGACUGAUCUUGAAAUCUGAUGACUCAUGACCUGAUCAACUGCUUGAUAUUUCAAAGACACAAGGAACGUCAGGAGAGUCAGUGGACGAGCCGACCAUCCAAGAUCGUUCCUGUUGAACCUUGGUUGAAACCUCUCCCACGGAGCUGCAAGGUUUCCCCAGCCGACAAAUGCCAGAGUUUAUACAUUGCGACAAAGAACCGAAAGGAACAUUGACACAAGACUAUCCAGACUGAAAUAAGCAAUUAUGAGGGAUGAGGGAUUGAUUUUCCUGGUAUUGGUGGAAGGGCUAGACUCGGGCAAGGGGCAGUGCAUGUAUAGAUGCAUGCAGCUUUUUGUUGGGUUAUUUCAUUGGGCCCCUAGUUUUGCAGACCGAUCUGGUUGAAAUCAAGUCAUAUUGACACUUCCCUCACCGUGAGGACUCUUUGGCAAAGGUUGCCAUGCCAGAACAGGAUGCCUGUUUUGUUCCUGGUAACCUGGUAAUGUCGCUGCUUCAACAGUUCAGAUCAGUUCAGUUCAUCCAUAGAAGUUCAGUGUCUUCGACUGAGGCCCUGCCAGCUGCGUGAGGCGGAUCGCUGCGCCGAUUCCGGUCAGAGAGAGCAAUGUGAUGGAUGAGAAGCUACAGGGAGAGUUGUAAAUGAUAAAGUUUUUUGGGGGUUCAACAAGGGUUUCCACCCUCCGACUCGCCACGGAAUGAGAAACGUGAUCAAACUCUUGGGGCCCAUCCCAUUCCAAACUUGAUUUCAUACAUAUUGUUCCCAAAUUCUCCCAGUGGAAUUCCUGGAGUUUCGCAGAAACUGAAUGACAUGAGAUGUUUCGCACAAGUCUUGAGAUCUGUGGACUCUGCGAGUUCACAUCGGUUCGUGCCACCCUCUGGAGGUUAUUGUUUUUGACGUCAAGUGUCAAGCCUGAUUGAUGUACCGGAUGGUCCGCGUGUUGGAAUGCUGGUCCGUUGGUCCGUCGCUUUGGCCGAAGGAGUUGAUACAGCUUUUUCGGAGCCCGAAACUCGAAGU